GGGUCGAAGCCGCCCGGGCCGGAGGAGGGAGGGCGAGGGAGGGUGACGGGGAGUCGGCAGCCGGAGGUCAAGCCGGCGUACGGCGAGGAGGCGGCACCCGCUGUGCCCCUCGGGAGCCGUGAAAGGUGCGAGCCGACUCCCUGCACCACGGGCGGGGGCGGGGCCGCGCGGCGUCCGUGGACGCGCACAUCCGGGUCCUGGCGCGCGCGCGCACGCGCCCCCGCCCCGAGCAUGGCCGCCGCCGCGCGUCCGCUUUAGCCUGGAACGUAAGAUUGAAAAUGACAGCUCAGAAUAUUCCUAAUCAAGAACUAUCCUGUGAUGCAGAAAUGGAAGGCUGUAUGAGAGAGGGUCCCCGUUUUUCCAUUCUAGGUGACAGUUGGGCCUGUAAGAACCAAGAGGGACAUUUGAAGCAAUCAACUUUAACUCAGGAAAAACUAAGGGCUCAGGAAGCAGUUUGUGUAUAUGCUGGAUUUGGAGAGCAUUUGAGUGUGAGCUCAGACUUCCCACCAUCUCAGAGUAUUCUUACAACAAAUGGUUUUCAUAUAUGUGACUCAGAUGUUAAAAGUUUGGAUUGUGACCCAGCUUUACACGGUUGUCAGAAAAGUUACAUACCUAAGAGAACUGGUGACAGUGAUGCUUGUGGAAAAGCCUCCAACCAUUCCAUGGAAGUUAUUCAACUUGGAAAAAAACAAACAAGGGAGAAACCCUAUAAAUACCCUGAAAGUGUUAAAUCUUUCAACUGUUUUACCUCUCUUGGCGAGCAAAAAAUAAUGAAAAGAGGAAAAAAAUUUUAUGACAAUAAGGACUUUGGGGACAUCUUUACCCUGAGUUCAUCUCUUAAUGAAAACAGGAGAGGUCACCUUGGAGAGAAACUGUAUAAGUGUGCCGAAUGUGGAAAAUGCUUCAAACGGAAUUCUUCUCUUGUUCUGCAUCACCGUACUCACACUGGAGAGAAACCUUACACCUGUAAUGAGUGUGGAAAAUCAUUCUCCAAGAACUACAACUUGAUUGUGCAUCGAAGAAUCCAUACAGGAGAGAAGCCCUAUAAAUGUAAUAAAUGUGGGAAAGCUUUCAGUGAUGGGUCAGCUCUGACACAACACCAGAGAAUUCACACAGGGGAGAAACCUUACGAAUGUCUAGAAUGUGGAAAAACCUUCAACCGAAAUUCAUCCCUGAUUUUGCAUCAAAGAACUCAUACAGGGGAAAAACCAUAUAGAUGUAAUGAGUGUGGGAAACCUUUCACUGACAUCUCCCAUCUCACCGUGCAUCUCAGAAUCCAUACUGGGGAGAAGCCCUAUGAAUGUAGCAAAUGUGGAAAGGCUUUCCGAGACGGCUCAUAUCUCACCCAGCACGAGAGGACUCACACUGGAGAGAAGCCCUUUGAAUGUGUGGAAUGUGGGAAAUCCUUCAACCGUAACUCUCACCUCAUUGUGCAUCAAAAAAUCCAUUCUGGGGAGAAGCCCUAUGAAUGUAAAGAGUGUGGGAAAACUUUCAUUGAGAGUGCUUACCUCAUCAGACACCAGAGAAUUCAUACGGGUGAGAAGCCCUAUGGCUGUGACCAGUGUCAGAAACUUUUCAGGAACAUUGCUGGCCUCAUUCGGCACCAGAGGACUCAUACUGGUGAGAAGCCCUAUGAGUGUAAUCAGUGUGGAAAAGCCUUCAGGGACAGCUCCUGUCUGACCAAGCACCAGAGAAUUCACACCAAGGAGGCCCCUUACCAGUGUCCAGAAUGUGGAAAGUCCUUCAAGCAGAACUCUCACCUGUCAGUCCAUCAGAGACUCCACAGCAGGGAGGAUCCCAGCCAGUGUUCUCAGUGUGGGAAAACAUUCAGAAGGAGUUCAUCCUUCAUCCGACAUCAAAGAAUACACUCUGGAGAGCAACCCAUGGAAACACAAUCAUUCCCCACUUGCUCUCACAAUUCUGUGGGAAGGGGAAUGUCUUCAGAGGCGACUCAGUGGUAGAAAGGAAUUCUUUAAGCUAUCCAGUGAAUUGGUGAAUGUAAGACAUUCCUUAGCUGUACUAUUAAAUCUGUUCAUCAAGGAACUCCAGAAGAAAACAUAGGAUGGUAAUAAACAUGAGAAAGGCUUCAGGGUGAGUCAGCCUGCAGCGGACAUGAAGGCACACACACUGGAAUGAAACCUGUGAGUGUCAGAAGAUACUUCCUUGGAGAUAACUAGUUACUCCUGCCUGAAUGUUUAAACUGGAAAGAAACUGACUGUUCAGUAACUGGUGUAAGGAGUCCCUUAACAGGAUGUGUCACCUUACUGAAUGCAAGCAGAUGCAUUGUAGAAUCAGGUGUAAUCAGAGAAUUUUUAGCAGGAGCUCUUGUCUUUUCUUUAUCAGCAAUGACGUCAUGGUGCAAGGCCCCACACAGUGCACCACCCCACAGCAACCACAGAAUUUUAGACUUUGCUGUUGAGCGUAUCUCUGUAUUACAAUCCUGUCAAAUGCUGAGGACUCAUUUCAAAAGGAGCAGCUGGAUGAGGAAGUUGCCUGUAAAUGAACAAUGAAGUUACCCUCUAAGACUGAAGCAGGCUUGUAUUAUGAUGGAAAAAGCUGCUGCUGAGAAAUGUGAUGUGUUGUUGAAACAAAAAAUACUGAGUUAAUGUUUACAUAACCGUCCCUGCAUUGUUACUCCUUUAGGACAUUUCUAAUUUGUUUCAUGCAGCCAUGCUGAACCAUAAUAAUAGUUUUUCUUUUGCCACAUUGAAAAUGCUUAUUAUAUGGCAGGCAACAAAAGCAAAAAAGGUAUAAAACAAACUUGCAGUUUUACAGCCUUAUAAAGGUAUGUGCACGCAUAGAAGUAAUUUGGAACUUGAUCAUGGAGAAAUAAACGUGGUUUUCUUAGGGCACUACACUUGCAUAUGAUUUUUUUUUCUAUUACAAGUCAUACAUCUUUGCUAUAAUAUUUUGAGAGAGAAAGGCAAAGCCAAAGGAGAUGAAUUUUGGGCUUUAGAGGCUGAUGGACUGUGACAGACCUGGUGCAUUUGGGUUUAACCCUGUACUAGAACGGGCUAGAUCAUGACCACAGAGCGGCCAUAGCAUGGAUGGGGAGCAUCCAGGCAGAAGCUUCCCUUGAAUCACAGCAUCCUACAGCUUGGGGCAUAAGAAUUUCCUUCUUAGGGACUUGGAUUGUGAGGCGGUGUCCUUGUGCAGGAGAGGAUGUCUAUCUGAAUAGGGAAUAGGAGGCUACAGAGAGGUCUGGGGUGAGUGGGGAGCUUCCCUCCUGAGGCAGUGUAAUGCUGGCUGCCACCCCCUUGGACUUUGGACUUGCUCCUAUUGAGGGAGAGUCAGAGUGAAGGCCAUUGAGCUAUUGAAGACUGUGGCAUAAUAAAUUUGUGUUGUUUUAAGCUGCUGGGGUUGAGGUCAUUUGUUACAAGAGUAGACAACUAAUGCAAAGUUCUUGCUUGCCUUUUCUCUCUUGUCCACUUGGUGCUCUUUCUGCCUGUUCCUUGUUGAGACUCCAGCAGAGCCACUUGUUUUCAUACAAACUAGGAAGAGGGGCUCAUUGGGGCCGUGCAAAAGGACACUUGCACCGUCCCUUGCAUUGGAGACACUACACCUGGGUACCGGGCUCCAUCUCAUGCCAGAGCUGUAAGAGGCCAGUGGACUGUGAGAGGCCUGGUGCAUCGCCCCUCACAAGCCCUGUCUGACUCGUGGCCAGUAGGGCUAGUUUUUGGUUUUUUUUCUUUGUGGGUAGGGCUAGUUUUAACCAUUCGUGUCCAGACUCAGGCCCUCCUCCAUUCUCCCACAGACGGGGUUGCAGUUUUUCAUUAACACAGCAAUCGGGAGCUCCCCUCCGUAGGCUCAAUACUGGUCUCUCAAAUAUGUUUACAUCCUAGUCCCUGGAACCUGUUAUUAUUAAUGUAUAGGGCAAAGGGACUUCAGGAGAGUGGUUAAGUUAAAUUUCACCAGAUGGGGAGAUUAUCCGGGUGGGCCCAAGGGUCCUUUUGAGAGGGAGGAAGUCGUGUCAGAAGAUGUGAUGGCAGAACCGUAGAGUGAUGUGUUUUGAAGAUGAGAGAGGUGCCGUGAGUCCUGGAAUGUGGGCAACUUCCAGAAGCUGGAAAAGACAAGGAAAUGGAUUAUCUUCUGAGCGCCUCCAGAAGGAACCAGCUCUGCUGACACCUUGAUUGUUAGCCCAGUGAAAGCAGUGUUGGAUGUCAGACCUCCAGAACCGUACGAGAAUAAAUGUGUGUAGUUUUAAGCAACAGAUGGGUAAUUUGUUACACUAGAUUCAGGAAACGAAUACACUUCUAUUUCUAGUUCUUUUAGACCUUUAACCUUCCCUGCUGCUGCUCGGUGAGGUAUUUUGGUGUGUGUUCCCUUGCCUGGCAAGUUAAUAAACUCAGCUUGAAAAAACAAA